GUCAAAUGCAUGAAGUGGUUCCAAAUUGUUGAUAAAUGAAGACAUCCCUGAAAUUCAAGAUUUUAUGUCUAAGUUGCCUACUAAUGAACAGAAGGAGAAGCCUACUCAAUCUGCAAAAUCUCUUUCUAAUUGGUCUGGUGGUUCUCAGUAUUCGCCAGUAGAAAGGUUUGUUCAUAAUGCGAAAUGUAUGUCCUUAAGUCAGUUCUGCAAAAUCAAACAUGAAACUUUAUGUGUUACUGUAGCAACCACAUUGAAAUUUGUUGUCUCAAAGUAUGGAUGGUUUUAUUAUGGCUGCACAAGGUGUUCUUCGAAGGCACCUAAUCCUGAAAAAGCUUAUGAAUGUUCAUGUGGGCAAAAAGUCGAACAACCUAUACCAAGGUACAUAUAAUCUAGAUGAAUUGCAAAUAAAUUUGGUAAUGGAUUUGUUAUUAAUCAUAUUAUUUUCUUCGUUUAAAAUACUAUAGGUACA